AUGCCCCACACCCCGCUGGUACUGGCUCAGCGCCGGCCGCGGUUUACACUCGUACGGCGCUCUGUGGCCGAGUCUGUGGCGUCAGCAGGCGGUCUCGAGGCAGUGAGCGUUGCAGCGGCAGCGGGCGCGCCUGUUGGCGAGGCGACGGAGAAGCCAGGCGGGAGUCGGCCGCAGCGCCCAGGUCGGGCGGCGCCUGGCCCGCCAGGGCGGUGGGCGGAAGACGUGGCGCGGAUUGCGGCGCUGGAGGCGGAGAAUGAGCGGCUGCGGCGCGAGCUGGAGAGUGUGAGCGCCGAGCUGAGCGCAGUUCGCAAGCGGCUGCGCAAGGUGACGGCGGUGGGCGCAGUGCCGGGCUCGCCGGUCGCCCUCUCGCUGCCGCAGAACCGGCUGCAGGCGCUGGUGGACGGAGCGCGGCGGCGGUCACGCCCGCAGGUCCCACUCUUGCUGGCGGAUCGGGUCAAGGCGCGCGGCCGGCCUAGCGGGCGCGGGAUUUCGGCGUCCGCAGCGAUGGUGCUCGAGGACAACGAGGACGGCGAGUUGCGGGCGCGCGAGCGGGCGUGUGCCUUCUCGGGCUGGAUGGAGCACGGGCAGCGGGCACGCGGGCCGGGCGGCGCGCUUAUGUUCCGCAAAGUCUUCCUUGUUCUUGCUGAUGGCGUGCUUCUCGGCUUUGCCUCGGACACGCACCGCAAGCCGCUGUUUGGCUGGUCGGCGAUGAGCAUGGCGGUGUACCGUGCCGGAAACCGGGUGGCGUCGCCGUAUACGGUCGUUGUUCUCCGCGACAACUCGCAUCUCGAGUAUCUGCGUGGCGAGAGCGGCGUCGACUUUCUCAACUGGCUGACGGUGCUGGAGCUGGCGAUUGGCGCCAAGCCGAUUCUGCCGCGGGCGCUGCCGUCGGCGUGGCUUGCCUCGGCGAUGCUCCAUCGACCGGUCUCGGUCUAUUGGUUCUCCAAGGUUGCACACAUGAUGUCGCCGGCGGGGUGGUGGUCGCGGGCGACGUCGUCGUUUGCCGUCGGCGCGCGAGCCCGGUUCCGACCGCACUACCUCGUGCUGUACAAGUAUCGGCUGUUUGUGUUUACCAACUCGAGCGCGAUCUCGCCUGAGACCUCUAUUCCGUUGCCUGGCUACGCGCUGGCGACCGAGACGGCGUCAGAGAAGACGGCCAAGGUUGGUGAGGCGCAUGUGCUCCGGCUGGAGCAUCCGGGCCUGCCGACAUACCACUUUGCACUGGCCUCGCUCGAGCUGCUUGAGGAAUGGUCAGAAGCGCUGAGCAAGGCUGUGGAGCUAGGGCCAUUCGGCCAGCCGUACGCGGCGCGCCAAGCGGCCAAGGCACGGCGCAACAUCAUGGCAGCGAGGCGUGCGGCGCCAAUCCGCGCCCGCCGGGCGGUCGACUUUCUGGAGCAGCUGGUGACCCGCGCUGGGCGGGCGCCGACGCUCGCAUCGCUGCCGGUCCACUCGACGGUGGCGCUCAACACGCGGCUGCGGCAGCCGGAGGCCUUUUUCGACGCCCACCGGCCACGACGCGAGUCCGAGCUUGAGCUGGACGACGUCUUCGCGCUCCUCCGCGAGUACCAUGGUCUUCCACCGCGUGAAGACUCGUCGUCCGAGUACGAGUACGCGUCCGAGUCGUACUCUGGCGGCAUGUCAGAUGACUCGGAUGACGAGCUGUCGUCGGGCUCGGGCUCGACCGAGAUCAUUGCACUCUCAGCGUCGUCAUCAGGAGAUGGGCUUUACUUUGGCAGUGGAAGCGGGAGCGAGACAUGUGUCUGUCGCUCGUCUGUCAGCGACUGCGGCGGCGACGAGGGUAGCUCGUCCGGCUCGGCUGCGACUGCCACCGAGCGGGUCUACAUCACUGGUUGA